AAAACGAUAGUAUAAAUCAUCGAUGGUCAACACGAUAGAUUAUUCGUAUAUUACUAUCGAUUUUUUCCGAACUCUAGCUACUUGGAAGUAGGUGCGAUUAUGUUGAUUUUCGUCCAGGUUUCAAUUGAUCGAUUGCUGCGCUUUUGAAAAAAAAUCUGGUAAUCCUUUAAGGGAUUUGUGUGAUUUUAUUAUAGAAACGUUGUAUCCAGAAUAUAUUGUGAAAUUAUUUAAAAGCAAAUGAAUACCACCGGGUAAACAUUUAUAAAUUGCAACGUGACAAAUCGCAUGUAAAAGGUAUUAAGCGAACGCUAGGUGUACAUAAAACAUACAUUCAUACUUAUAUAGUGAAGAAGUCAACAAAGCGGAACCUGGAAAUAUACCAAUAAAGAAGCAUAUACCAUAUGCCUACAACAAACUACACUACGUUGGCCCAAUUGAUAGCAUAAAAUAGUGACGUCCCUGCUGCUCUACUGUUUUGGCUGACAUGAUAUUGCCCUCGCAAAUAUAAAGCAUUAAACAAAAUUGAUAUGGAUCGAAGUGUGGACUCAAUUGGUAGCUGCUCACUCGAUGUAGACGCUGAUUCAACAGAUGUAUCAGAUACAAGUGGAAGCCUGAAUUUUCCAACACCGAUUUCUGUUAAAGACAUUACUAGAGAAUUCACGACAAAUAUACGAGAUCGCUGUUCUGUUCAGAGAUCCCCUGAAAUGAAUGAAAAUUGUGCAGGACUUGGGUCGAAGAUGGUGUUGAAGCAGCCUCUUGGAAAUGCCAACCCAACAAGUGCCUUAUAUAACUCGUCAAACUCGAAUUCGAAUAAAUUCCUAAAUUUAUCUGAUACCAGUCCUGAUAAAAAGCCCAGUUACCUGAAUCUAGCUUGCUGCGUGAACGGAUAUUCAAAUCUUACAACAUAUGAUUCUAAAAUACGACAGGAUAUAAAUAAAUCACGCGAGGUAUCUCCUAUUCGCCCAUCAUCAAAUAGUAUUCAGUAUUGUAAAAAAAACAAUUCUUUGGCACCACCAAUUCUUCUACAAUUGGAUGAUGGAAGGGGUGAUGUAUCAAACCGGAAAAUACCUGCUUUGAACGGCCAGUAUAAUAUUAACAGAUCAGACACCAAUGAAUGCGAGCGCUGUGAUUCGCCAUGGCUGGAAGAUCGUCGCAAUACUAGUUUUAUUCAGCAGAGGGUAGAACGUUUGUAUGGACCCGCAGCGUUAGCACAGGGUUUUUACAGUCCCAAAAAAGUACGCAGCAGCACAUUCGCGUCUCGGGAAGAUGAUAGUUCGUCGGAAUUAGCUCGUAAAUUUCAACAACUUACUCCAAGUAAAGAUUAUACUGAAUUUAGAAAAAAAUUAAGUGCAUCUACAUCUCCACGGCAAAUUCCUUCAUCAACUGACAUCUCAACUGUCAACAACAAUACCGUUGAUUUGCCUGUACUACGUCAUCUAAGCCAAGAGUUUCGAGCUCAGUUACCUAUCAUUUCGCCCAAAAAAAGUCAGUGCAGAAAUUCUCCUCAUAAAACUUCCGAAAAUGAAGCUUUAUUAGAUUCUAGUAAGGUUGAAUCAUUAAUAGAUGAAGUUGACCGCAAAGAAACUCCAAGAUCCACACAUCAAAUAAGCAGCAUACCUUCAUCAAACGGUGUUAAUAUGGAAAUCGAAGUUUUGUUGAAACCAAAAAAAACUGAAUCGAUUAUAGCGAAUGCUGAAAAAGAUGGAACUUACUUUCUUAAUUUGUUGGGCAUUGAACAAAGUCGCCUUUUAGCUUUAGCUAAUAAAGCGGAACAAUAUGCUGAAGAACUAUCGGACAAUCCCAAUGUUUCAGAUGAUACUUUAGGCUUCUUGCGUUCAGCUUACGGCAAAGCUCGACUAUUGGUGUCACAAAAAAUGAAGCAAUUUGAAGGUCUUUGUCAUAAUAACCUGAAUUCAUCGCCCGAAGACAAAUUUCCUACAACAGCGGAUGAUCUACAAGGAUUCUGGGACAUGGUGAAUUUGCAGGUCGAUCACAUAGAUUCUAUAUUCGAUGAAAUCGAUGUAUUACAAAGAAACAAUUGGAAGAAACCGAUGGAAGUCGUACCACAAGAGUCGAAUAAGUCAUCUAAAACUCAACAAAAAUCUAUUAAGACUGUGAACCAAAAGGCAAAGCCAAGCUCGUCCAACGGAAGUGAAAUGAAAUCAAAUGUAGUUUUGUCUGCCGCAGCUUUAAAACGAGAAUCUCAAAGGAAAAUGUUGCAAGAAAUCAAGCGUAAAAAUAAAAUUGCGUUGUCAGCGAAAUCAACUACCUCGGAUCCGAUUUCCGUAGAACCGAAUGUGGAAAAUUCAGAAACCGUUGCGAUAUUUGUCAAAAACAACAAAUGAACUCUUGUGAGUGAAUUAGGUGUUCUUACUGAUCCUUAACUAGUCCUCCAACGAAAUCAAAUGAAACAUAAACUCCAUGACAUAAGUACAGUAUCGGUCAUAUCUAUAGCACGCCAUUUCAAAGUGAUAUUGUGUGCCACUUAUGUUUAUUUAUUUAUUUU